AUGAUGGGGCUUAUCGCGACAGUGUUUGUGGUUUACUCUUUCACUUCAUAUAUUCUGCUGAGAAGACCGAUCAUAUUUCUCAGAAAAAAACGACUUCUUUUCGAAGCUCCCCAUAUUAGUCACCGGGGUGGUUCAGGAGAACAAAUUGAAAAUACUUUAGAGGCUUUUAGUAGUUCCUUGCUUGUCGGCACAAAUAUGUUCGAAACUGACUGUCAUCUCACGAGAGAUAAUCAGGUUGUCAUAUUUCAUGAUGAUACACUAGAUCGUUCUACUGGCGUGUCGGGCUUCGUGAAAGAAUUUUCCUAUGAAGAUUUACCUAGAUACCUUAAAGUGAUUGAAGUUCAAUUUACCCCAGGUUCCUUUUGUAUUACGGAGUCUCCCUCUUCAUAUAAAAUUGCACGAUUAGAGGACUUGUUUAAUAAGUUUCCGAAUACCCCCAUCAAUAUUGAUAUUAAAGUUAAUGACGAUUUCCUCAUCAAUGAGGUUGCUCGCCUUAUUGAAACGUACAAUCGAGAGCAUAUAACUGUAUGGGGGUCGAUGAAUUCGAAAGUAUCGAAGAAAUGUGAAUUACGCAAUAAAAAUAUUCUUACUUUUGCACCGUUUUCGUAUGUAAUAUGGAUAAUGGCAUGUUAUGUUGUUGGACUACUCCCUUUAGUACCUAUAAAAUAUGAUUGUUUUGAACUUCCUUUAGUUUCUGUUAUUCGAUCUAAUGAGUUUGCCAGACGACGACGUUGGGAUCGUUUUUUACCUAAUACAGCCCUUCUACUCUCAGAUUUCGUAUUAUCGUCACCUUUGUUCAUCAAACAUUUACGAAAGCGUGGAUUUCCGGUAUUCUUCUGGGUGUGUAACAACGAAGAUGAUAUGCGAAAAGCUUUUGAACUUGGAGCUUCAGGCUACGUUACCAUGAACACUACCGGUGAUGUUCAUAAUCACAGUCCUAUCAAAGACAUAUACCUUGGAACAGAAUGUGGCAAGAUAACCGAAGUUAAUGAGUUGAUUAUUGGAAGGCGAAUAGUUCAUGAAAAAAACUUCGGGACUAUUUGUUAUGUCGGUGGUUUGCCAAAAACGAAUGGUCCUUGGCUUGGAGUUGAUUGGGAUGACUGGUCGCGCGGCAGACAUGAUGGAACCUACGAUGGUGUCCGGUACUUUCAGGCUAAAGGUCCCACUUCCGGCUCAUUUGUGAGGCCUUCAAAGGUGUCAUUGGGUACCAGUCUAGAGGAAGCUCUCGUAUAUAGAUAUUCUGUCUGCACAACCUGUCAACUGGAAACUCAGACUUCUUUGCAAUCACGGGAAAAGCCUACAGGUAGUUCUCAUAAUAUCCUCGUUCAUGAAUGCACCCAACUUGGUCAUCUAAACAGUUACCUUGGUAGUACUGCGGAGGAAGCUGAAUACUUCGGUACUCACGAAUACCCAAAAGACACAUUACGAAUCGAACUUUACACUAAUCCUGGGACUUACCAUCAAUUGACUUCUCAUGACGACUUGUGUGGAACAGCUGCAGCCAAAAGUUGCCUCAACCGAUUAAAAAGUGUUAGUUUGUCUUCUAUGCCCGUAUAUCGUGCCCUAUAUGGAAAAAGUGACUUUUUCCCUGAUCGACAACUUGAAUACUCAUCACUUUGGCCAUCAUCUGGAGGCUGUCUCGACCAGUUUUUAUCCAGUUUAUGCGAUCUGGAAAUGAGCAAUUGUUUGUUGUCAAAGUGGACAGAAAUUGCCGAGAUUUGUAUUCAAGUUCCGUGGUUAAAAUCCUUGAAUGUCAGUAACAACCGCAUUCGUUUACCUGUUUCUCCAAAAGAAGUACAUGAUAAACAAAAAGAAAAUGAAUGUCUGGAAUCUAAACUUUUAUAUGACAUAUACUCAGACCCUGUCCUGAGUGAACGGUUGUGUUCGAACGCUUUUCCCCAGUUGUCGCAGCUUACUUUAGUCAAAUGCCCACUCCUAAAUUGGAAAAGUAUUAGGAGAGUAUUAUGUUGGAUGCCAUCUUUACAGUCGUUAUCUCUGGCUUACAAUAAUUUGGGCAAUCCUCCAAUUGACUGGGGAAAAAAUGCUAUUGAUGCUUUCCAAAAGUUGACUGACUUAGACUUAACUCACAUAAAUCUAACGGCCACUCAUCAGUUAUUCGCUCUUAUUGGAGCCUCCAAAUAUCUAAACAACCUACUAUUAAAUUAUAACGAAAUAGCGGACAUUCCAGAUCUAAAUAAUCAUUUGUUUCGAAACCUCAACACUCUUGGGUUAAAGAACAACUUAUUCACAAAUUGGAAUUUCGUUAAUCAGUUACUGAAUUUAUCCAAAUUGGAUCAUUUAAUGGUAUCAGGAUGCCCAGUUUUCGAGAACUCUGUCAAUAUAGCAACCGCUCGUCAGGAAGUCAUUGCCCGUUUGCCAAAUCUUAAAAUGUUAGAUCGUGUCGAGAUCACUCCUGAAGAGCGCCGCGGAUCUGAAUUGGACUACUUAAAACGUUAUGGAGCUAGCUGGUUAGACUGUUGUAGAGGCGAUCAAAAUAGUAAACAGACUAACGGUCCUAAACUUUUGGAGGAAUUCUACAAACUGCAUCCGGUUUUCUCCAGACUUUGUGAUAAAUAUGGAGCUCCUGAAAUUGGAGAAACCAAGCCAUUUAACCGCUCAAUUAAAGCUGGUCUUAUAUCUCUUAUCUUUAUAUUACAACAUAACAAGAAUAUUGGCACAACAAACAAGUCUAGCAGUCGAUCAUCAUCGCCAAUGGAUAAAAACGAUCGAAUUCAAAAACAAAUACCUAGUCAAAUGACCAUUAAUCAUUUACGUAUGAUGGUUAGACGAUUGUUUUGUUUAUCACCGAAAACACUGUUUGAAUUAUAUGUACAAAGUGGAAGGCAUCGUGAUAUUGUUAACACUGAAAUACCGUUGAAUGUAGAUACACGUGAAAUAGGAUUUUAUAAUUUAGAAAAUGAUGAUUAUAUUUUCGUACGAAUAUGAUAAUAGUGACUACAUUGUGUUCUAGUCUUUCUGCCCUUGUAUUUACUACUUGGUUAUCUCUUUAAUAUUUAUCUAUGUUGUUUAAUUUAUAUAUCUUGAUAUUCUUAAAAAUCAUCGUUAUUAUCAAGCUUGUACUUAAUUAUUUCCUAUCCGUC